AUGGGCACCUCGUUCGUGAAUGAAGAUGGAACGGGCCCCAAGGCUAGGGGUGGUGCCAUUCAAUACUGUCUUACUCGUUUCUCAUCUCUCAAACCUCCCAUGAACAAGGUCGUCAACCCUUUCAAGGCAUUGGCUCUCCUAGAGACUCAACAUUGGUUGUUUUUUGCUGUUGGCUUCCUCGGUUGGACUUGGGACUCCUUCGACUACUUCACCGUCCCCCUCACAGUAGAGGACCUGGCCAAGACAUUUGACAAGUCCAACGCAGACAUUACCUGGGGCAUGACCUUGGUCCUCAUGUUCCGCGCCUUGGGAUCGACAAUCUUCGGUAUCGCCUCCGACAGGUACGGCCGCAAGUGGCCCUUUGUCAUCAUAAACCUGCUCUUCAUAGUACUCGAGCUCGGCACCGCCUUCUGCCAGACCUACCAGCAGUUUCUGGCCUGCCGUGCCCUAUUUGGCGUGGCCAUGGGUGGACUGUAUGGGAACGCCGCCGCCACCGCCCUCGAGGAUUGCCCCGCUGAGGCCAGAGGUAUCCUCUCCGGUAUCCUCCAGCAAGGCUGGGCCUUGGGCUAUCUCCUUGCCACGGCUUUUGCCCGCGCCUUUGUCGACACCACCAAGCAAGGCUGGCGUUCUCUCUACUGGUUCGCUGCCGGCCCCCCCGUCCUCGUCAUCAUCUUCCGUCUGUGCCUGCCCGAGACCAAGGUGUAUCGCGAGCGCGAGGUUGUCCGCGGAAUCAAGGGCAGCGCUGCCGCCACUUUUUUGCAGGAGGCCAAGGUCGGUAUCAAGAACCACUGGCUCCUGCUCAUCUACAUGGUCCUCCUCAUGGCCGGCUUCAACUUCAUGUCUCACGGCUCCCAGGACCUGUACCCCACCAUGCUGGAGAACCAGUUCCAGCUCAGCAGCACCCAGGUCACCGUCACCCAGGUCGUCGCCAACCUGGGUGCCAUCAUCGGCGGCACCAUCAUCGGAUGGCUAUCGGGAAUGUUCGGACGUCGCCUGUCCAUAAUUGUAAUGUCGGUCCUUGGCGGCGCCCUCCUGUAUCCCUACACGUAUGUGUCUGGCGAGAAGAUCGCCGCCGCCGCUUUCUUCCAACAGUUCUGUGUUCAGGGCGCGUGGGGAGUGGUGCCGAUCCACCUGAUGGAGCUGUCGCCCGGCUCCCUGCGCACCUUUGUCGUCGGCACCACCUACCAGCUGGGCAACCUGGCCAGCAGCGCGUCAUCCACCAUCGAGGCCCAGCUGGGCGAGCGCUUCCCCUUGCCCGCCAACGAGGACGGCACCAAGCGCUUCCAGUACGGCAAGGUCAUCUGCAUCUUCAUGGCCUGCGUGUACGUAUACACUAUCAUCCUGGCCUUUGUCGGCCCCGAGUACCAGGACCGCGAGUUUGAUAUCGCCCACGACGAGGACAUGGCCGAGGCUGCUCACAUGGACCUGGGCACUCUGCGUGCGGCCCAGGACGGCAAGAGGGCUGACAUGGCCGAUGCUGAGCACAACGAGAAGACAGUUGAUGGCUAG